UGGGGAUGUAGCUUUACUCCAUCCCGGUCGGCCGGUUGGGGGGCAAGCCAAAUCCAAACUCAGAACUCAAAGUGCCUCGCCUUCAACCCUAGGAAACCUCGCGGGUGCGGUUGGCUACCGUGCUGGACAUUCAGCGAGAGUGCUCCUCUUCCUCGCCGGUUUUCUAGCCUUUGUGGUUAAGGAAUCUGAGGCAGGGUUGCUAUGAAGUCAGGUGAUAAGAAGGCCAUGAGAGGUGACAGUGAUCAGAUCAUACACCUUGAUUACAGAGACUUUGGGCGUUGGAAGGUCGAAAAAUUUGCUCGUUACGUUGACAACCUAUUGCUCGCCUGUCGUAAUGUUGACUUGCACACAUUCCGUCUGCAUUGGGAUCCUCAUGUUCCCCUGAACUGCAAUGAUGUCAGAAAGUGGAUUCGCUACGCUGUGAAUCAUAAAGUUAAAGUGCUUGACGUGGAGCUUUGCAUGUAUGAUAAGACUAAUUUACCUCCUGGCAUUUUCACCUGCCGCUCACUUGAGGAUCUAAAUUUGCAGUGGAGUGGAGCUCCUUUUCGAGAUUAUGAGCAUAAGGGACUUGUGCUGCCUGACAUAAUCAAGCUUCCUUCUCUUAGAAAACUGACUCUACGCGAUGUGGAAGUGCAUGAGCUUCCUCUGGAGAGUUUCAUUGCCCGGAGCCCUGGCCUAGAAGACUUGCAUCUGAUAGACUCUGCAGUGUGUCUUGAGCACAUAAAAUCAAAAGCGCUAAGAAGGCUAACCAUUGAUGGUUCCAUGUAUGGACCGGAUAGAAUGACAAUUUCUGCUCCUAAUCUCAUUAGCUUUGAGUGCACCGGUUUUUCACUGGAAGAUAUUGUUUGGAGAGACCAGCCAUCGCUAGAGAGUGCACACAUAGAUACUUGUGGGCGUACAUUUGGUGGUGAAUCUAGGUUUACAGGAGUUCUUGUGCAUGCCAAAAAACUUGCACUAUUUGGUUGUGACAUAAAGGUUAUGUUGGAAAAUGAGCUGCCUACAUGUUCAGUGUUUGAGAACCUUGUAACUCUUGAAAUUGGUGAAUGGCACUUGACCAAGGACUUCUACGUUUUGCUUCGCUUCCUCCAGCUUUCACCAAGACUAGAAGAGCUCACUCUGAUGCAUAAACAGCUUGACGAAGCAGAAGAAACAGAAGGCAUGCCUACUGAUGGAAUGACCUUCCAGUGUCCACUCCUUAAAAGUGUCACCAUACAGUAUUCAGAGGGUGACGAUGGAAUUGACAAGCUGGUGGAUGUCCUGGUAGCGAAUGGUAUCAGUUCGGACAAGAUAAGUGUAACUUCCUACGAAGAUAUCAAAAAGAGGGCCUUUGCUGAGGAGGCACGCGCCGAAGAGGAGCGUCCAAAGAAGAAGAGGGCGAAGAAAAAUCCAGACUGGGAAGAUGAUGACUCCGACGAACAGAGUAACCCUGAUGAUCCUAGCGGUGACGAGUAUGAUCCUGAUGACUUUUGAAGAGUGUGGCUUUGGCAGUGGCAGCAAUGAAUCUGACCAUGAUGAUCUCUAGAGCUCUGUAGGGUUAAGAUUUACCCAACCAUUAGUUUCCCUUUUGUUCUGCAUGAGACCUUCAUUUGGAUCCUUCCUUUUAUCAUUAUGGUCUGAAACUUGGUGAAUGCUGGAUUACGGAGCAGCAAAUCUUAUCUAUAUAGUUGUAUUAAAGA